UUUAUCAUCACCGCUGACGGACGACAUACGACGCUGCCGCCGCCGCCGCCGUCGUCGUACUGCUUUGUGUGUGCGUGUGUACCGUAUGUGUGUGUGUGUGUGUGUGUGUGUGUGUCUGUUUAUUUUGUUGAUGUUUGGCCAUCUCCCGCAGUGGGGAUUGCACAUUGAUAACCGCUAGAAGGAGAGGUUCGGGAACGUGUGUGUGUAUUUCUGUGUCGCUUGUGUUUUUUACGUCGAAGCAGUUCGGCUAGGUGUUGGCCCUGUUGACCGGCCGCACUGUCGUGACGGCCGUGAUCUUCAUUUGCACUCUACUGGUGUGCGUCUGUGUGUUCGAUCGUGUGCGUGUGUAGAUGCCGGAUAAGCGCGCACGGAUAAGCAGCACCGCGGCUGAUUAGAGGCAACGCGCGUUCGUCCGUCCGCGAGAACGGAUCUAGACGGCUGUGCGAACGGAAAGAGACGGAGCAGGCACAGUGCUCGCGCUCUCACUCGUACCACAGUAGGCCAGCAAGCGUGCGCGCGCGCAAACUCAGCUGUCGUCCGCCGUAGCAGCAGCAGCCUCCACACCACCAUCGAGACACAAAACAAGAAGCUUAUCAGCAAACACUUAUCGAUCGUGCGGCUGUAUAUGUGUGUGUAUGUACGUUCUUUCUUUCUCUCACUCUCUCUCUCUCUCUCUCUCAUGAAAGCGUGACAGUGUUUUUUUUUCUAAUGGUAGUGAAAAGUGAGAAACAGCAACUGUCGUCCGUCUAACGCUGUCCCGCUCGCGCUCUGUUUUCAUGCUUUGGAGCCAUCCACACACAUACACACAGUGACCGCAUCGCCGCCGAGUCACGAUCAACCGAACGGAACCGGAUCCGACAGCGUACGGGUUUGAAAAAAAAAAACACUAGGGAAAGAGAAGAAGAAUCACAAGCGCAAAGAGGAGGAUCUCCCGCACGCCCACACGUAGCAGUGAUCCCUGCGCUGUUGCGUCUUGCGGGCAGCAGCAGCAGCAGCAGCAGCUGGCAGCGGCUAUAUGUUAACGGUUCAAUCAGCGCACAACGCUGACGGGAACAUCAUAAUCAACAAUAACAUCGUCACUACUAUUGUCGAGCAUGUCGCUGGUCCGGGCGUUGGGUGGUCGGUGUCCGGGGCAAGGCGGCAUCACCGUCGUUAAAUUACCGAAUCGAAGCGAAGCACGGAAAACCCGGACACCGGGUGUCCGUCUCUGGCGCUGUCGAAGUACGCUGAAUCGGUUGCAGUGUGGCGACCAAACCGUCCCACCAACCGAUUGAACCGAAAUGUGUUCGCAAGGCUCGUGUUGGUGGCUCCCGGGAAGACGCCCAACCAGGGUAACGUUCGUUUCCCGACCCAUUCCGCCCUCGACACGCGUUGAUCUGCGUUCCUGCGGCAGUAAAAUUACGAGCGGCGAAUAAAAGCCGCACAGCUGAGUGCGCCCCUUAAUGACAGUUCAUGUUAAAGUGUGUGCUACAAACAAUUCUGUUAUAUGAAAACAAGUGAAGAAAAAAGGAAAAGAAUCCCAAAAAUGUAAAACAAACGUGUCGUGUAAGAAGGCGUAAAUCUAAAUGGUUUAAUGUUUGAUGAAACAAUUGGAAGUAAUGGAAAACUAUAGUACAUAAAAUAUUGUGUGUUUGUGUGUGUGUGUGUGUGUGUGAGUGUUAAACCAGCGCAACGAGCAGCAAAGAAGCGCUGUAAUCAGAGUGUGACAUAGUUUGUGACAAAACAAACCGAAAAAGAAUAGAAGAAAAGCAGGAUUAAGUGAUAUUUCUACCCACUGCGCACGUAUUCGGGUAGCUCAUGUGUAGCACGCGAGAAAAGGUAUGGAAUGUAUGGAAAAGUAAUACGCCCAACAAGUUGCAGCUAGUUGCGAUAAAAGCAGCUGCGGUGUGUAGUCGUCGCAAGAAUAAUCCCCUCAGAACUUCGCUUCACGUGUGGCGGACCUCGGUAUUAGCGGACCUUUUUAACGCUCUGUCCUUCAAGUGGUGGCGUACGGUGAUGGUCCGUGCUUAAACCGUAAAAGAGACGUGUUUUGGCGUCUCAUUGGAGCUGUAAUUCCAGCUACUGCAUAUCACCCUGUGUCGGCUACGAUAAAGAAAAUAGAAGUAAGUCUUACAUGCAGUUUGUUUGGAUUGCUGCAUCCCGUGUGUCUUGGUAGUUUGUGCAGUGCAGUGUUGUGCUUUUGGUGAACGAAAAAGGACGGAGACGGAGUGCUGGUGAACAGCAUCGGUGCACAGAUAAGGCCUAUCGAGAGAGAAACCAAUUCUUGCAAGUUCCUGUGCCAGGACGUCGUCACAAAACGGACUCCGCGAAACUAUACGCUAUUAAUCGAGCGGAUGUUUGGCGAGCCGUGCUGUCAGCUCGAGCUUUCUGGAUGCGCGACAAACGUAGGCAGUCCGGUCCGGUGUAGCGGCUUGUUAGCGAGAAAUGAAAACUAAACUACGAUGAUUCGCAACGGAUUUAAAUUGAUUGUACAGUAACAAAAAAAUCGACCAUUCAAUCCUUUGGCCUUCGGUUCAUUAGUGUACGCAGUGAAGCUACUCACGAUUUGAUGACUGCUGUAGACGAUCGCUUAGCUGCACGUGGGCGUUUAGGGCGCGGAGUCAAAGGUGCGACCGGACGAUAAGCAGAAGCAUACACGCAUCCAACGCAUAUAUUCCGCUGGUGGCAACGGACGUGCAACGAGCCCUCGAAUGUACCACAAGGACGGAACCGUAGAUGUGAAGCUAUUAGCCGACCUUGGGUACAUAGCCGACCGUCUCCGGAACCUUGAGCAGAAGUGGGACUUGACCGAGCUGAAGGAUCUGCACCGGCGCAUCGUACUCAAGCUCGACGAUCCGCCGACGAGCGUGCUGCGGCUUAGGGAAACGCUUGCCCGUACGCCAACCGUACCGCCGGGCUCCCCCGACCAGCAGUAUCAGCAGGAAGGGCAGGAGGAGCUUACGAACAGCACGAAGGAGCAGGAAGACGCAGGCCUGCAGCUACCGGUAGUAAUCAUCGCCGAUGAAGUAACGCCACCCAGUGUGAUUGUAGAGGAAUGUGCAGAGGCAUCUGAAGUGUCGCCGACAGCCGACCGUGGGGAUGAUGAAUUUGGCGAAAGUAGCAACCAAAGCAACAGCGUCCAGGAUGUUGGCAAUGUUGAGGAAAGCGUUCGCAAACUAGACCAGCUAGAGGAGCUGGUAAUUGCCUUCUAUCACAGCUGUGGCCGACGCAGUUCGCGCGGGUGUGCCGACACCGAGCAGACGGCCAGUGAAGCGGUACGCGACGGAGCGAGCCGGGCACGGGCGAAACGAACCAAAAAGAGACAGCAGCAAUCGAGCGGGGAAGCGUGCCCAGGGGCGUACCAUCCAGAUCAGCAGCACCAGAAGCGGCACCCCGAUCCGGAUCGUACUAUGAACCAAGGCACCGACCCGGACCAGGAUCGGGAUCAUCUCGCACACGCAGCAGCAGCAGCAGCAACGUCAGCACCAUCCGACACCAGUGCCGUCCCCGUCGGCGACGGUCGACAGCAGGCACAACCGCAACCGUUACGCUCGAUCCACGCUGACGCACCUGAACCGGGAUAUUGCCUCGACCGGGACGUGCCGCUUGACGACGAGGAGGACACGGUCACACUGACGGCGGAAACGAGCAGCGAAUGCUGCAGCCAGCAAACGGUCGUUGCAGUGGUGGCGGAGGAGGAGGAGGGGGAGGAGGCGGAGGCGGAGGAAGUGGUAGAAGACGGAUCAUCGCCCGGUCACGAUCCGACCGAAACGGUCGCCCCGGGCAGUGAUACGACCACGGACGACGAGGUCGAGAACGACGAUACGGGCGGUUCUGACGCGGAUGCAAACGAUGAGGCGGAACCGGGCGACACGUGCACCAGGCGAACCGUGCUAGGGCAGGACUCGACGCCGUCCUCCCGCCGGUGUUCGCUCGGUGGCGAGUUUGAGACGGAGCAGAACCGGCGCCUCCGCCGCCGGCUGUCCGAGCUGACGAACAACUUCUGCACGCCGAAACAGUUCCAGCAGCUGUGCGACAAUUUGGACAGCAUUACCGACAACGAUCUGAAGCUGCUGGUCCGGGAGCUCAAGCGAAAGAUCGAAUUUGCCGAAAGGAUGAACUGGCUUUGUCUAUCGAGCAGACCGCGCGGUCCACCGCACCGGAAAACUAGCCUACCAAAGCACACGGACGUCAAGAAGCGCUUCCUGGAAACGUGCGACAAGACGCUGUCGGACGAGGUGAAGGCCGCCCUGCGGCUUCCGGCGUUCGAUUCGUACGAAUGGGAGGACUGGGACGUGAUCCACCUGAUGCAGACGAUGUUUGUCGAGCUGAAUCUGCUGGAGAAGUUCAACAUACCGAUCGUGACGCUGCGCGAGUGGCUGUACGAGGUGUACAAGCACUACAACGAUGUGCCGUUCCACAACUACCGCCACUGCUUCUGUGUCGCCCAGAUGAUGUACACCAUUGCCUGGCACACGAACCUGGUGCAGCGGUUAGGCGAGCUGGAGGUGUUGGUCCUGCUGGUGUCCUGCAUCUGCCACGAUUUGGACCACCCCGGUUACAACAACAUCUACCAGAUAAACGCACGCACCGAGCUGGCAUUAAGGUACAAUGAUAUUUCACCGCUGGAAAACCAUCACUGUUCGAUCGCGUUCCGACUGCUGGAGCACCCGGAAUGCAACAUAUUUCGCAACAUGAGCAAGGAGAUGUACAAAGAUGUACGCGAGGGAAUUAUCCGGUGCAUAUUGGCCACCGAUAUGGCCCGACAUAACGAAAUCCUCACCCAGUUUCAGGAGGCUACACCCGAGUUCGACUACAGCAACAAAGUGCACACGAAUUUGCUCUGCAUGGUUCUGAUCAAGGUGGCAGACAUUUCGAACGAGGCGCGACCGAUGGACGUGGCGGAACCGUGGGUCGACCGGCUGCUGCAGGAGUUUUUCGCGCAGAGCGCCGCAGAAAAGUCCGAGGGUCUGCCGGUGACACCGUUCAUGGAUCCGGACAAGGUGUCGAAACCGGGCAGCCAGGUACGGUUCAUCGGGCUGGUGCUGUUGCCGCUGUUCGAAGCCCUCGGCGAGCUGUUGCCCGAGCUGACGGAUCUGAUCAUCACGCCGGUGCGCGUUGCCCUCGACUACUAUCGCCGACUGAACGAUGCAGCCAACAAGACGCGCCGCUCGAUCGCGGAAGCAGAGGCCGCAUCGUCCGAGAGCGGCGGCUCACCGCAGCUGCCCCGUUCCCAGUCCGGCAUCAGCGUCAAAUCGCGACGUAGUAUUCCCUCGCAAAAGUCCGCAUCUCGCACGUCUGUUGAUGAGCCUAUUUUAAUUGCAGCCGAACUGCACGACCUACCGGAGGGCAGCGAGAGUGGCGACUCCGAGACGGCCACCGAAGUCGACGUGGCGGAAAAAACGUCCAAGUUCAAGGUGGACACGGAAAGCAUCCACCGCAAACAGUCGCACCCGAACUCCCGGAAGGGUAGCCGCGAGAAGCGCCCGUCGAUGAUCGGUGAAUACUACACCACAGGUACGCGCACCCGUGGCUCCCACGGCAACAUACAGCAUACUAAUAAUCGCACGUAUUUUGGUUCGAAUCGCGCCAUCAGCCUAGACCAGUACAGUAACAACCGGCGCAUGUCCGACGGCGUCCCGAUACAGUCGGUCCACUCGGACAACAGCGUGCUGUACUACCAUCACCAGCGGCAGCACCGCAGCCUCGACCACGACACCAUGUGCUCGUCGUCGGACAAAAGCACCAGCCUGAACAGCACGCACGACACGGCGCCGGGCGGCGACCCGACGACCAUCCUGCACGUGCCACCGCCGCAACCGCCACCGCCGACGGGAAAGCAGCGGCUCGGCAAGCUUUUCGGUAGCAGCAGCAGCAGCGCGUCGGGCAGCGCCGCCACCUCCGCCGUGGCGAAUCUGAAGAACAAUAAUAGCGCCGGUCACGGGUGCACGGCCGUCGGCGGGUCCGCAUCGACUAGCGGUGGUGGUGGUUCCGGUAAACAUUUUAGCCGUAUGUUGAGCUUCAACCAGCAGCAACGGCUGGACAAGCUGCGCAACAACAAUAACAGCCAGAGCAAGAAUAACAACAACAACAACACGAACAACAAUGGCGGCGGCAGCAGCAUUGGCAACAGUAACAAUAAUAAUAACAAUAACAAUAACAAUAGCAUUAGCAACAAUAAGAACGCACCGGCCGGCAGUGCGGCCAUCAGCCAGGCGAAGCAUCUCGAUGGGCGUGAGGCAAUGCACGGGGCGGCCCGCAUAUGCCCCGGCCUCGGCAGUGCCGCCGGUGGGGACGGUGGAUUCGACGGGACCAUUUCCGGGAGUGUCGGCGUCGGCGGCGGCGGUAAUCAGGACGGCGGCAAGGGUGGCAAUGGCAGCAGUAGUAACGGCACGGCGGCUCGAACAACGGCAGCCGCGGCCUCCACCGCGUCGGCCGGUUCGAAAUCGUUCCUGUCCCGGCUGCGACAGUUUACCGGCCGGCUGAGCUUCAACUUUGACUCGCGGGAAUCGAAGAAGCUGCAGCUGCUGGCGGGGAACGCACCGACCGACCUGAAGGCGAAAGGCGCCUCGGCCGGGCCAAAGCGGGACCAUCGGCUGGAGAAGUCGCGCACGGUCGACGUGGGCGACCUGGGACCGGUAGCGAUCUGUGGCGACAGCACAAUGUCCGGCCAGCAGGCGGCCAUUCACCAGCAGCAGCAGCAGCAGCAGCACCAGAAGCAGCAGCAUCUCUCACUCGUCCCAGGUGAGUCCUUCUACGGUGGAGGACCGCCGGUAGUAAUGAACCAGCCGAAAUCAAUCUCGCCCAUCCUUAUGCAGCACCGCCACAGUGAGGUGCUCGGUUUGGGCGGUGCAGCGGGGGCGGCCGCCCGCAGCCGCGCCUACAGCCUGGACGUCCCGAUCGGGGGCCGGCACUGUUGCCGCAGUCUCAGCGGUAGCACGACCGGGGGCGGUGCCGGUUCCAGCUGCGGUGGCAGCCACAAGAGUCUCACGUUUUCGCUCAACAAUCGCUCGCUGACGGAGGACAACGACGGGGGCGGCAGCCUGGCGCUCGUGUCCGGCGAGCGAAAGUCGGGCGUUGGGGUGCAGCCGCCGCCGCUGCGCAACAACUCGCUGCUGCUGCUUGCGGACGAUCCGUCCUCGUCGUCGGCCGCCAUUGGCGGUGGUGAUGGUAGUGCGCCACCGAACGAAACCAUAUGACAUCAGCAGCACCUUCAGCACCUUCAGCAGCAGCAGCAGCAACAUCUGCUCCAUCACACACACUCUUCGUACGAACCGUCGCUGCAGGGUAUACUGCUUACCUCGACCUCGCUGCAGGCCGACUCACCACAGUCGCAGCAUCUCGGGCCGGCGCGCACCUCGCUAGAUUCGGAGCGACGGGCCCCGUUCGCCGAAUCGGAAUCGAUCUCGUCGAAGCACACGUCCGCACUGGCGAGCUACUGGGUCUGUCUGACCGAGCGGAUGAGCUCGCUGAUCUGCAAAUGCUGCGAGCGUACGCUACCGCCGGCGGAAAGCGUCUAGUGUCUACCGACGGUGGGCGGGGGGGGGGGGGCUGGUGAGCUGUGUACCGGCGGUGUACCGAACCAGCAGCAGUAGUGUAGUACGCCCGUAGUACGCCCAAACUUGGGCCGUGUUUUAACCUUACACUGUGGCAUGCUCGCUCCUGUCACCAGGUGUAUGUGUACACGUUUGUUUGUGUAAGUCUAAGUUUUAUUAUUUUCGUUAGCAAUUACUAAACUAGCUGACUAUCUGACUAGCACAGUAGUACGUGGUGACGUCAUUAUUUCUUCUGAUAUUUUUUGUUUGUCGUAAGCUGAUACACCACGUGCGUUUGUUUCUCUAAGUUGUAUCAAAGUUUAAAUUUUAUCAUCCUGACUUUAAGUUUUCUAAUACGCGAGCUUAAUUCAGCCCGAAACUGUUGAAGUCGCAUGAAGCUAGAAAUGGAUGAGUAGGUGAAAGUUAGUUUUAGACGAAAAAAAAAACACAUGCCAAAACAUAGGAAAAAUAUAUUUAAAAAACAAACUUGAACAUAAUAAUGGAUUUAAAAAAAACAUGAUAAAAGCGCGUAUGGCGUAUACAUGGUGACUAAGAACAAAGAACCGACAAACAAACAAAAAAUGAACUGAAUGUUAGUCCCCUUGGAGAGGAACCAGUGGCGCAAAGAAAAAGAAGAAGAAAAAAUAAUAAUAGGAAAAUACAAAACCCGAUUGUUGUACACACGAUUGAACUCUGUAUUGAAUGCUUUACUUCUCUGCCCUGCCCUUGAAACUCUAACGACUUUACGAGAAAACGGUAACAAAAACCAAAACUCCAUGUGAAACAGAUCUGCUAAUGAAAACAUAUCACUAUUACGGUACCAUUCGGAAACGAACCAACCAACAUACCUACAACAGCAACAAAACACGAGAUGCGUUCUCCCAUUUUUUCUACCACAAUUUCGCGAACCAUCAUAAUCUUUGACACGGCCUUUUUCUACCAAAACAAGAAACAGCACAAUUUUACACUAAACAAAUCAGCGAACAAGCAUACACACCCUCAAGCGCUCUAGCAAAGUACAUAGGCAAGAGAUGGAUUUUAAGGGGGAAUCAAGGAGAAGAAGCAAACGAAGUGCUGUAUUUAUUGAUCACAUUUAAAUUUUAAUGCCCACGUGGUCAUGACCACGUGCUACGUGCUAUUAGCUCUCUGUCUCUCCCUCUCUCUCUCUCGCGCGCGCGGGUUGUUCCAGCAAUCAAGUUUUCAAACUGUGCAAAUGCCCCAACACACACGGCCACACCUGGAAGCGCUUCAAAAGAAAUGCGUGGGGCGGGGGUUAAUUCUCCUUUUCCGAUGAUACUAUUACAAUGCUAUGCUAUUUUAAAGCUAGGAAUAAUUCGAAAUAUCUACAACUCAUGCACACACACACACAUACCACGCCUUCAGUAGAUUCGGAAGAACUUGUUCUCUCGUUGCCUGAAGCCGACACCUCCAUAAGCACCUUGACGAGCGUCCCCAGUCGACACGUGCCGGCAUGGUGCGCAAACUUAAUUUAUGGAAACUUUUGACAAUGGUCUUACAUCAUUACCUUCGACGCUACACAAGACUAGUGGUGCAGGAGUGGUGAGAGAAGGAAGAAGAAGACGAAGCGAAAUAGCGAAAAGAAAUAGAACAAACAAAGCAAGGAGAGAACCCACACGUACACAGCACAAAAAAGAGGCAUCACGGCAAACGCGUUAUGAAGGUAAACAAAUUGCAGAGUAAAUAGUACAUAUAUAUAUUAUAUAUAUAAUAGGAGCGUGUAGGCGAGUGUACGACAGCUAGAUAUUUGAUAUUAUUAGAACUGACUAACAAUCAUGUUGCAGGCGACAUUAGAAAAUAAUAAACUGACAAAACCCACAACUUGUCUACUGAAAAUGCUUAUUUGUCUAACUGAAAGUGUUGUACUGUGUAUGUACGUGUACGUUUGCCCGUGUAUUUGUAGGGAAUGGAACAAAUAAUAAAUGUUAUCUAUUAAAAACAAAGUAAGAAAAGAAGUAACAUAUAUAUAUAAACAAACAAAAAAAAACACGAAACAAAACCAAUUAUAAAGCCCCAAUAUAGUGUUCUUGCCUACCUUGGCUCUCUCCCGUGGCCGAGAGUGUGUUGUUACGGUGAAACACGGUUACACGGUAGUAGGUAAUAGGCACCAAUCAAUUUGUUGUUUAUCUCUAGUGUAGUUAUCAAGAAUUGGAUGACGCCAAACAAAACGGAACGAGUAGUAGAGACGUAGAGAGACUCGAGGCAAAACUGUGCAACAAAUAAAUGAAACAUUGGGAAAAAGGAAACAGAAAACCAAUUGAAUAUCAUGUGUAUGAAACGAUAAGGAGUAAGCACAAAACUAUGCAAUUGCUCUCUUACUAGCUUGUUGUGUUAUUCUCUUCUGUAAGGUUCAGUUUACGUGUUUUGCAGGGCUUUUUUGUUUGAUUUUUCAUUCAUUUUUUACUCUUUUUUUACAAAACUUUGUUUCUUUUAACUCGAUUAACUCUUACUUGAAUGUUUUUUUUUGGUCUAUGUUUUUUUUUGUUUUUGGUAAACUUAAACUAGCAAUCUGGAAUUAGGUAAAAGCACAGUUAAACGAUAUUGAAACGCUGCAAUCGUUUGCAAUGCGCAACGCAACGCAAGAGCCUAUUUAAACGCGUAAACUGUGGCUGUGUGACGUCAAACGGAAAGUUCUACAAACGUGUUAACGCUUCUCCCCCACCUAGAACUGAUGGAACUCGAAUCCUCUUCCUCCACUCCUUCCUCUAUCACACCAGGUGCAAUUACAGAGUACUGAGUAGUAAAACAAACAAACAACAUAAUUGAAAAUCUUGGCUCUUAUAUGUAUGUAUAUGUAUGUAUGUAUGUAUGUAACUUUGCAUGAAAAUGUCGCCGUGUUUCAUCAAAACCCGCCACUUUACACUAUUUGAGCGAGGAAAACUGAAGAUAUCCUGCAAGAAGCAUAUUUAGAAAAGAAAAAGAAAAAAAAACACUAUAAAAAAAGAAAGACCAAAACUCCCACAAUGAUGGUGGGUAUCAUGAUCAUCACAGACAGAAUCCCAAAAAAAGAAGAAGAAGACACACACACACACACAUAUAUAUACCACAAACGAUAACAAUCAAUCCGGUUCCAUUUUGCCGUAGUAUUCCAACAAGUGUUCGCAAUGCGAUCCCUUCUCCACUAACUAUUAAAGUAGACGACUUUUAAUAGUAACCGGCCCGUUAGAGUAGUGCUCGACCCCCAUCAUAACAUGAUGGGAACAUUGAAGAGGAAGCAGGAGCUGGGCUGGGUUGGUUAGUUUAGGAUCUCAAAAAUGUCAAAUUAGAGUGUGCGUCGCGUUACCGGGCAAGUCCAACGGGCCCAAUCCUAUCCUAGUAGGCAUGGUCAUGUCUCGACGUCUCAGCAGCAGUAGUCGAUCGUUUAAACAAGACGAUGCCGCCAAUUAGUCGGAAAGAUGUACGGAACAAAGACAGGGAAUGUUUUUUUUUUUUCGGGGCGUGAUAAGCAAAUGUGCCAUUAAAAUACGGGCGUGUGGAAAUUUGGUUUGGAUUUAGUGCGCCCGUACUCUGGUAAACUGCUGGAAACCGCGCCUUUUAGUGGGCACUACAGAAUCGAACCAUGACCAUGAUGUGGAACAGAAGGUAAAUUAGUGUUUGCGUGUGUGUAAGAUGUUCCGAAGCAGGGCCUCCUUAGAAAAGUGUACCAAUUGGAACGUACGUCUGUGUGUGUGUGUUUAUAUUCCCCUACCGGUCCUUUUCAAUGAUUCACGUGCUAGGAAGCUUACGCACGUUCAGGUGACUUUUGGGGGGAAAAAAUGGACCAAUAGAAGCGAGUACGCGACUCCCACAUCCCGGUGUGCUAUUACACUAGCACAUCAAAAAUCUCCUCAAAGGUAGUGUACUGUAAAUCCAACAUGAUAUUUAGUGCCGAACCGAUGUACAUAUGCAAAGGGAAGGGAGGGAGGGGGGGGGGUACGAUCGUAACACACUAUCACUAUCAUUACACUCACGUGCUUCCACCCCGUGCAAGGGGAAGGAAAAUCGCGGGAAGCGGAAUUAGUGUCAUUUAAUUGUAACAACGUUUGUAAAUGUGCAUAGACGUAUAUGUAUGUAUGUGAGUGUCAGUUUGUGGACCUGUGUUUCUGUGUGUGUGUGUGUGUGUGUGUGUGUGUGUGUGUGGGGGGGGGGGGGAGUCUGUGUGUAUUUUUGUCUGUAUUGUUGAGAGCCUACCCCGGCUAACCCUCACCCAGCUGUUACGUUUUACCGAUAAGAAGGGAGGCGGUGCGGCAAGACGUUCCUGCUCCUGCUCCAACUAAUUUGCAAAUCCGGUGUAGCAAUUAAAAUGUUAGCAAAAAUAAUACCCCGUUUUGAACUGAGCAGGCUAGAGGGACAGGUGAAUUGUUUGUUUGCCAUGGUAACGCGGGUGGAACUGCUGGCAUGGGCCUCAAAAACGAAACGCCAACAUACACGCACGUGCUAUAUGCUGGGCGUUUACUUAUCCCACGGGCUGGGCCCGACCAUUCGAAGUAGAAGGAAACUGAGACUGUGUGUGCGUGUGUGUGUGUGUGUGUGUGUUUGUGUCAUCCUCGCGAAAGGUGCGCUUAGUGUUUAUGUGGGAAGAAAGCGAUCCGAAGCCGAGCGAAAGCAUACAGUUCUUGUUGUUCGUUAACAGGGCAAAACACGCGGGAAUGCGGGAGUGCUCCACUCUUCUGUAAAGACUUUCCUGACUAUCUACUACGAACGCAUUUGGGCGCAUGCAAACUGUGAAACAGAAUUUAAUAAUAGAACGUUAGGAAACGAUGGGAGGGAGGAUGCCAGGAUGCUCCCGAUCACUUCUUCCCCUAUGAAAGGCGCCAAGUGGACCAUCCGGGCAGGGAGUGAAUGGAGGGAAGAAAGGGGAAGGUAUAUUAUACAUAUAUAUAGAGAUACAUAUUACAAAAGGUACAUAUUGCAAACGAUCGUGUGUGUGUGUGUGUGUGUGUGCACCAGGUCCACGAAAAAACGGGCUCAUAAAACACUAGCAAACAUACUGAAUCUGAACUGGAUGGAACUAUCGAGAGAAAAUAAAAUCUAUAGAUGUAAUAAUACAACAAAA